AUGAAUGGAGACGGCGUCGCGAAACGCAAGCGCAACUCCAUCUCCGCGGCGGCGGAGCGGCCGGUGAAGCACCUGAAGCCCGAAAACUCUACACUCACCCCCGGCGACACCACCCCAGCCAAUGGGACCGUUUACGAUGUCGAGGACAAUGAAGAGCUAGGGCCGUUGAUGGCGAUUGGGCCGACGCAGGCGGAUUCACCAGAAUGGCAGGCUACGAUUGAAGAGGUAGUGAAGAGUGUCGUCUCAAUUCAUUUCUGUCAGACUUGUUCGUUUGACACAGAGCUGUCAAUGAGUAGUCAGGCCACCGGGUUUGUCGUCGAUGCGGAGCGCGGUUAUAUUCUUACAAACCGACACGUCGUCUGUCCGGGUCCGUUUUGGGGAUAUGUCAUCUUUGAUAACCAUGAGGAAUGUGAUGUCUAUCCCGUGUAUCGAGACCCCGUUCACGAUUUUGGGUUCCUCAAGUUUGACCCUAAAGCUAUCCGUCACAUGAAACUCAGAGAACUGAAGCUGCAGCCGGAUGGAGCCCGUGUGGGAUCGGAGAUUCGAGUUGUGGGUAACGAUGCUGGAGAGAAACUGAGUAUUCUCUCUGGUGUUAUCAGCCGACUCGAUCGCAACGCGCCCGAAUACGGCGAUGGCUACAGUGACUUCAACACCAAUUACAUUCAGGCUGCCGCUGCAGCCAGCGGCGGUAGCUCCGGCAGUCCGGUAGUAAACAUUGAGGGAAAUGCGAUCGCCCUGCAAGCUGGUGGUCGUGCAGACGGUGCUGCAACCGACUACUUUCUUCCUCUGGACAGGCCGCUGCGUGCUCUAGAGUGCAUCCGUCGGGGGGAGCCAGUUACUCGAGGAACUAUUCAAACUCAGUGGAUUCUGAAGCCCUUCGACGAGUGUCGACGGCUGGGCUUGACUCCGGAGUGGGAAGCGGCGGUGCGCAAGGCGGCUCCAACCGAGACGAGCAUGCUGGUCGCUGAGAUCAUUCUUCCUGAAGGACCCGCGGACGGGAAGAUUCUGGAGGGCGAUGUGCUCCUGCAGGUGAACGGGGAGCUCCUCACCCGAUUUGUUCGACUGGAUGACAUUCUCGAUUCUAGUGUCGGACAAACGGUGCGGUUGCUGGUGCAGAGAGGCGGCCAAGACGUCGAGGUCGAAUGCAGCGUUGGCGACUUGCAUGCCAUCACGCCUGACCGGUUUGUUACCGUCGCUGGCGGAACGUUCCAUAACCUGUCCUACCAACAAGCCCGGCUCUAUGCAAUUGCCACCAAGGGUGUUUACGUGUGUGAAGCAGCGGGCUCAUUUAAGCUGGAAAACACCCUCUCAGGAUGGCUCAUUGAUUCCGUCGACAAGCGGAAAACAAGAAACCUCGACGAGUUUGUCGAAGUCAUGAAAACAAUCCCUGAUCGCUCUCGAGUUGUCAUCUCCUAUCGACACAUCCGCGAUCUGCAUACGCGCGGGACGAGCAUUGUGUAUAUCGACCGCCAUUGGCAUCCGAAGAUGCGGUUAGCGGUCCGGAACGACGAGAGCGGUCUCUGGGAUUUCUCCGACCUUGCUGACCCUAUUAAGGCCGUGCCGCCGGUCCCGAGGAAAGCAGACUUCAUCCAGCUUGACGGCGUAAGCCAGCCCGCUGCCGCCGAAAUUGUACGCAGCUUUGUCCGUGUUUCUUGCACGAUGCCGUUGAAGCUAGAUGGCUUCCCCCAGGCGAAGAAGACUGGCUUCGGGCUCGUUGUUGACGCUGACAAGGGGUUGGUUGUGGUGUCGCGUGCCAUUGUACCGUAUAAUCUGUGCGACAUUAACAUUACCGUAGCCGAUUCGAUAAUUGUUGCGGCCAAGGUCGUCUUCCUUCACCCCCUACAGAAUUACUGUAUCGUUCAGUACGAUCCUUCCCUGGUGCAAGCGCCAGUCCAGAGCGCAAAGCUCAGCACGGAGUACAUCAAGCAGGGACAAGACACGAUCUUUGUCGGCUUCAACCAGAACUUCCGCAUCGUGGUCGCUAAGACCGCAGUCACCGAUAUUACCACAGUUUCAAUACCAGCCAACGCUUCGGCUCCUAGAUACCGUGCAAUCAACUUAGAUGCAGUGACGGUGGAUACUGGGCUAAGCGGACAGUGUUCGAAUGGUGUUCUAGUCGGCGAAGAUGGUGUGGUUCAGGCCCUGUGGCUGAACUAUCUGGGCGAACGUACGCCAAACUCUCACAAAGAUGUCGAGUAUCAUCUCGGCUUCGCGACGCCCUCCUUGCUGCCGGUCGUUAGCAAAAUUCAGCAAGGAAUCCUGCCAAAACUACGGAUUCUGAACAUGGAGAGCUACGUGGUGCAGAUGAGCCAGGCGCGCAUUAUGGGUGUUUCAGAUGAGUGGAUUGAGAAGGUCGCCCAAGCAAACCCGUCUCGACACCAGCUGUUCAUGGUGCGCAAGGUCGACUGUCCGCCGCCCGAGUUCAAUUCUACGGCGGACAGCUUCCAAGAGGGUGAUAUCAUCCUCACUUUGGACGGACAGUUGAUCACACGCGUGUCAGAGUUAGACGUGAUGUAUGAGAAGGAGAUGCUUGAGGCACUGAUUGUGCGCAACGGCGAGGAAAUGAAGAUCCAGGUGCCUACCGUUUCGACGGAGGAUCUGGAGACCGACCGAGCCGUGGUAUUCUGUGGCGCAGUGCUGCAGAAGCCGCACCACGCUGUCCGUCAGCAGAUUUCGAAGCUGCAUAGCGAGAUCUAUGUUAGCGCAAGAAGUCGCGGAUCCCCAGCAUACCAAUACGGCCUCUCUCCUACGAAUUUCAUUACCGCUGUCAAUGGAGUUCCAACCCCGGAUCUCGACCGCUUCGUAGAGGAAGUCAAGAAGAUCCCGGAUAACACAUACUUCCGCCUUCGCGCUGUGACAUUUGACAACGUGCCGUGGGUGGUUACCAUGAAGAAGAACGACCAUUACUUCCCAAUGUCCGAAUACGUCAAGGACGAAUCCGAACCGCUUGGAUGGAAGUCGAUCUCGCACGAUGUCAAAGGGAAGGACGGAGUAGCUGCGGACGUUGCGAACCUGAACCCGGACGCUAUGGACGAGGGACUAGAAGGAGGUGUGAGCGAUAUAGAGCCGGAAGCUGUAUAAUAGAUUGGCGCCGCGUAUAGGCCGUGAUUUGCUUACCUCGCAGGUAUUUAGCGGCUAGCUCCAUGCUGAUAUACGGAAUAAGCGCCCACAGCGGUCAUGGAUUACCCGCUCUC